UAUCUUCAUCGAGAUAUCAAGCCUGGAAAUUAUGCGAUUGGACGUGCUGAAGUUCGCAAUAUUUAUUUACUUGAUUUUGGGAUGUGUCGAAAAUACAAGGAUAACGCAUCCAACAUUCGAAAUCCACGUUCAUUCGCUGGAUUCCGUGGCACAGUCAGGUAUGCACCACUGAGUUGUCACGUUGCUCGUGAACAGUCGCGUAAAGACGACUUGGAGAGUUGGCUUUAUCAACAGGUUUAUUAUUACUUUAAAUACGCACAUGUCUUGAGGAAUUAG